CAAUGAGAAAAUUUGAAAACGUCCACAAAAACUUUUUUAAACUGUUAAAAUUCACAUUUAUUUCUGAGACAUACCGAACGGAACAUUAUUCAAAUUCCAAAAUAUUUCUUCAUUUUACCUAAUGAAGCAUUAUUAACUGACUGGGUGCCACUGACGGCGAUAGACGUCCAAUCGUGUGGCCUCCAUUCAUCUCUCAGUUUGUCACUAGUAUACGUCCAAUCAAUUUGAAGUGGGAGCUAUUGAACGAAUGUUCAUUCAGAAAUGUCCUCCCAUGCACUUCAAAUGGAUUGGACGUCUCGCGCCGUCAAUGGCAGCCAUUGACAACAUUUGAAAAUUUCAACAAAAACUUGAUUUGUUUUAAACUGUUACAUUUCACGUUUAUUUCUGGGAGACGGAAACCGAAAAUUACGCAAAUUCCAAAAUAUUACGUCAUUUUAUUCACGUUCAUUUCAGUUUGUGUUUGAAUUCGUGAAGCUAAUAUUUCAAACAUUUUUGCUUUAACAUGAACGUACCACAUAUGGGUUGGACCUGUUCACCCUCCAAGGAAUUCCGGUAAUAUCACGUGACGAGCCUUCCGCCUCGCUAUUGGUUCAAGGCACGUGUCUCAAAGCGUCGUAGUACAACGACUCUCAGCCAAUGAGAAAUAAGAAGCAAAUCCUUAGUCAAAAGUAUUUGAGCGUCGUCUCAUUCACAACGCUUUUACUGCUGAGGGCAUCAAAAAAAAUGUGUGGACAGAUCCGUUAAAACUCAACAAAACCACCCAAAAGUAUUUUCCAUAAAUUUUCUAAUCGAGUGGUUUAUAACCGGAAAGCGAAUUAUGAUUUUUCUGAGUAAAAAAUCUCGUUUUUUGAGUAAACAAUAAGUUGUACUCUAAUUUUCUAGGGUAGUUUUUCUGUUGUUGUAUCGUUUGACUGGAAUUCUAUUUAAAGUUCUGAGGAGAUUCGGACUUCAUCAUCAUCAUCAUCAUGGAAGAGAAUGCUCGCCGAGACCCGGACGAUUCCGCCGAGGAGUCCAACAGAGCUCUCAUAAUUCCACCUGGCAACCAGCAGUCCCACAGGAUCACCAACUUUUACAUCGACAACAUUUUACGGCCGGAUUUCGGUCGAAAGAGAAAAAGCGCGCUUCUGCAGGAAGCCUUCAGAACACGGCCGAAAAUUGGGGACACCGCAAGGGAUGAUUCUGGAUCGUCCGACCGUAACAUUGGGAGCCGGAAAAGAGAGCUGAGAGGCGGGGAGGAGGAAGAGAAGGUCCGGGAAGAGGACGAGAACCGCUGCGGAAGCCCUCAGGCCGGUUCGGCAUCGGAUGGGGCCAAACAGAUGCUGUGGCCGGCUUGGGUUUAUUGUACACGCUACUCGGACCGUCCGUCCUCAGGUCCCAGAUCCCGCAAACCAAAGAGGGCUCGGACCCCGACUAAAGAAGACAAGCGACCCCGGACCGCCUUCAGCGCGGAGCAGCUUCAGCGGCUAAAGACGGAGUUCCAGAACAACCGCUACCUGACCGAGCAACGGAGGCAAGACCUGGCCCGGGAACUGGGCCUGAAUGAAUCCCAGAUCAAAAUCUGGUUUCAGAACAAACGGGCCAAAAUCAAAAAGGCCACCGGGAAUAAAAACUCGCUGGCGCUUCACCUCAUGGCGCAAGGAUUGUACAACCACGCCUCGUCGAAAUCGGACGCCAAAUCGGACAGCGAUUAGCUCCUCCUCGAUCUCCAUGCAAUAAUAAAAAAAUCACUCCGAUAUACCAGCGUAUUUAAAAUAGAGACCUUUUUUAGAAUGUGUUUGCAUGUGUUUUGUCCUCAGGGCUGGUGAUUGAAACGAUGUGACCUUGUCGACUCAUCUACCAUUGACGGUGACGGACGUCCAAUCCAUUUUGACUACGAAUGGAUUGGACCAAGGGCGUAGGUUUGGUCUCAACAUUGGUAGGGACAAUAUGGCGAAACCUGCACUUAGACUUAAAUCUGCAUUGACUUGACAAAAACUACUAAAGCAACAUUUUGAAAACUGCCAGAAAAAAUGUCCAGAUUUUAUGAGCAAAUUGAAAUUGCGUUAUUUGAACAUCACUAAAAUAAUAUUAACAUACACAAUAAAUAAAAGCUUGUUAAUCAUCUCUAAUCUAUCUGGGAAUGCGGGGAAAUAAACAAAAAAAAAAAAAAAAAAAAAAAAAACCAUACAAACAUUUGUCUUAAGACCACUCAACAUUGUCUGAUUAAAGACAUUAAAUAUAAUAAUAUAAUAAAACUUCUUUGUCAGGAAAUAACAAAAAUAAAUAAAAAUUGAGCUUUUAAAGGGUAGCAAGUUCACACAGUUUAAUAUUACGCUAACUCUGAUGCAGGUUGGACUUUCAGUAGCAAAAUUAGUGGUGUGUUCCCCACUCCCACAACAUUGAAGCCUUUUUACAUUUCUUAUAGUGGCUGCUGCUGGCUGAAAAAAAAUUCUAAUAAUCAAAAAAUAAUUUACUUAAUAAUGGUGGGGUCAGUUACAACCGUUAAAACUUGUGGGGAGACAAUCUAAAUUGUCUUUAUAAGUGAAGUCAUUAUAUUAUUAUUUAAAAGUUGGUGGGGACAAUUUGAGCAUCCUGAAAAGUUGCUAGUGUUUUGUCCCGACUGUGUGCAAACCUACGCCCGUGGAUUGGAUGUCCGCGCUUCAAUUGGUAGCUAAAGAGUUAACUUCUAGUUCUGAUAGGUCACAUGAACAAGACUUUUUUUUUUGAGACACGAGAAUCAUGCAAAUGGAGCUGAGAAACACGGAUGAUGACCCGUUCACAGGACUAGUGAUUAUACAAACUAUAUGCUGAAUUCCAAAGAUUUUUUUUGCUGCAAGUUUUGUUACGAAAUGUAUGAAAAUGUUUUAUUUCUGAAUGAAUUCUGCAUUCUUCUUUUGGUCCUUAUUAGCCGAUAGUGUCUUUUCUUUGCGUCAAUAGGGCUCGGAAUUUGGCCUUUCACGCACGGGUGCCUGCAACCCAAAUUCGGGAAAAAAGUCCGAAUUAUGGGAAUAAUUCAUAAUGGCAUUUUUUUGUAUUUUAGAGUGAGUUUGGCGUGAAUCAACCUGAAUUUGAACGAGACAAAAAGUUGUCAGUUAUUUCGUUGAAUGAGAAUCAACAAACCUUUAACCCUUUAUAGGGCAAGUGAUUAUUUUUGUUCAUCAAACAACAACAAAUGCGUCCACAAAAUUCACAUUUUUUAUGUGACCUAUAAAAUGUGAGGUCGCCAGGUCUAAAUUACAUAUACUUUUGUUGUUGUUUUAUUUAUUACUCAUUAUAUUUAUAUUUUAAUGCAUACAUUAGAAAUAAAAGCUGUAAUACACUCUGCAUGGUUAUGGCCCUUAAUAAUACUCCCAAGUUGAUUUAUUUGAUUAAAUGACGAAGCAUUUAAUCCUUUAUAGGGAAAGUGAUUAUUUUUGGUAAUUAAACAACAAGGUCUGCCUCACAGUUCUGAGAUUGUUGGUUCAAUCCGGCCACCCUGUGUUUGCAUGGGCGUGGGGUUUUUCGGGUACUCGGGCAUCCCAAAAACAUGCGUGGGAGGCUGAUUGGAUACUCCAAAUUGUCUUUACAGGUUUGAGUGUGUGCAUAGAUGUUUGUCGGUCUCAAUAUGUGCAAGGUGUACUCUGCCUCUGUCCGUUAUUAGCUGGGAUAGGCUCCAGCUCCAGCGUGACUCUCGUGAGGAUAAGUGGUUCAGAAGAUGAAUGAAACAACAACAAAAACUUUAAAUGCGCCCAUAAUAUGAACAUUUUUUGGUAUGCGAGUUAAGUGAUGAACGCCAAGGUCUAAAUUACAAUUACUUUAUUAAUUAUGAUUCACUAAGUUUUUAUGAAUAAAUAAAAAUUUAGAUAAAAACGGUGAUACACUCUGGUUAUGGCUCAUAAUAAAACUCAUAGGUUGAUUUACACUAUUAUAACUCAUUGCCUGUAUGUCAUUGACAACGAUGGACGUCCAAUUCAUUUCAACUAUGGCUGUGAAUGCUCAUCUUUCAGUACCGUUGAUGGCGCUAGACGUCCUAUGAAUGACUGGGUCUUUCAAAAAUGUGUUACUGAUUUAAAAAAACAAACCAUUUUUAAAUGACUAAAUACAUGAAUAAAGGAAUGAAAUCUUAAUUUUAAAAAAUCCUCUUAUUCACAUGUGUGGCCUAUAUAAAGGGUUAAACCAAAUAUGAAAAACAUUGCAUUUAACACAUUGAAAAAAUGGACAUUGAUAGUAUAUAUUAAGUAAAGAAAAGAAAAAAAAAUCAACAAAUGGUCCAGGCUUUGUGUUUCCUGGAUUUUUUUUUUUUUAAAAAGGACAUGCACUCCUCCCAUUGUAAAUUGAUUGGACGUCUUGCGUCGUCAAUGGCAGAGAAUGAAUUAAACGAGUGCCCUGUAAAGUUUUUUUUUUUUUUUUUUUUUAAUGUUUGGCUCGCAUGUAUGCUGCGUUCAGGGGACAUGCGUUUUUUUCAUGCAACAAAAUAUGUUGACGUAGCACCGAAAUAGUAUUACAACUUAACCCUUUAAGGUCUGGGCCUAUUUUUUCUGAUUUUGCAUGCCUUUAUAUUGCAAAAAGGGAAAAAAUGUUCACAAUGGCCUGGUUGGGUCCCUUUUUCCAGCAUACCAUAACCUUCACGUCCCAACUGUUGUUUUCUUCACUGACCAAUUACGAUUAAUAUUUUAGACCCAAAAAGACCAUCAAUCAUAAAUCUAAAAUAUUUUUGUCAAAAUUUGUUGAGGUCCUGCUGACAACCAAAUAUGCUUGACGAACUGUUUUGAAGCUUGAUCAUAUUUAAUGAACUUGUCAAGAUAAACAUUCAAAAGGAAAAAAUUAGACAAUAGUUUUAUAUUUGAUUAUUCAACAAAAACAGCAGAUAUGGUCAUAAAGGCGUUUUUGGCCUUUAUAGUAUGUAUAAAGCGUUGGGGUUUUUGGACUUUAUACAUACUAUAAAGCCUUUAUACAUACUAUACGGUCAUAGUCACAGUAUACAAAGUAUAGAGUAAGUGACUAUACUAUGACCGAAUAGGAUGUGCUUUGGGGUUUUUGGCCUUUAUAGUAUGUCUAAAGAGUAUGUAUAUACUAUGUUAGAGUAUGUAUGAAGGCUGCAGCUUUAUAUAUAAAAGACCACUUUAUAAAGCUAUGGUAGUAUAGUAUGUAUAAAGAUACAUUUAUGGUAUGUUUAAAGUGUAUGAAGCUUGGCGUUUUUGGCCUUUACAGUACGUAUAAAAGGCCACUUUAUACAUACUAUAAAGGCCAAAAAGGCCGAUGACCAUACCUGCGGUUUCUGUUGAAUUAUCAAAUAUAAAACUAUUGAGUCUAAUUUUUCUCAGUUCAAUGUUUAUGAAUCUUUAAAACUUUAUAGUAUAUAUAAAGGCUAUAGUAUGUAUAAAGUUUGUAGAAUGGCUAAGGAUUUAUACGCACUAUAAAGCUUUAUACAUGCAAUAUUCUAUUAUAUAUAGUAUGUAUAAAUGCUAUAGCAUGUAUACAGGCAUACUAUAAAGCUUUAUGCAUACUAUAAAGUUAUUAUAGAUAGUAUGUAUAAAGGGUAUAGUACUGUAUGUAUAAUGGCUAAUGCUUUAUACACUCUAUACAUAAUAAAAAGAUUUAUAUAUACAAUAAAGGUCAAAAACACCAAACUUUAUACAUACUAUACGACUAAACAGCAGGUAUGGUCAUAUAAAGGCAUGUUUAUACAUACUAUACGACUAAACAGCAGGUAUGGUCAUAUAAAGGCCGAACAUGCCACCACUUUAUAGACUUUGUACAUACUAUAAAUGUAUCUUUAUACAUACUAUCCUACUAUAGCUUUAUAAAGCGUAUGAAGUACAUUUAAUAUAUAAAGCUUUCUCCUUUAUACAUACUAUAAAGCUUUGUACAUGCUAUAAAAGCCAAAAACGCCUAUGACCAUACCUGCUGUUUCUGUUGAAUUAUCAAAUAUAAAACUUUGCAGUUUCAUUUUUUUCCUGUUGAAUAUUUAGGAAUGUUUGAAGCUUUAUACUAUAUAUAAAGGCUAUAGUAUGUAUAAAGGUUGAAGUAUGUAUAUUAUAUAUACAGUACAGGCUAUAGUAUGUAUAAUGGCUAAAUGGCUAUAUACAUACAAUAAAGGUCAAAAACACCAAACUUUAUAUAUACUAUACUACUAAACAGCAGGUAUCAUCAUAGGCGUUUUUGCCCUUAGACAUACUAUAAAGCUUGAUACAUACUAUAAAGGCCAACAACGCCAACACUUUAUUCAUUCUAUAAAUGUAUCUGUAUACAUACUAUACUACUAUAGCUUAAGAGUAUAAGUACAUAGAGUACAUUUUAUAUAUAAAGCUUUAGCCUUUAUACAUGCAAUAAAGCUUAAUAAAUGCUAUAAAGGCCAAAAACACCUAUGACCAUGCCUGUUGUAUAGCAGUAUAGUAUGUAUCAAGCUAUAUAGUAUGUAUAAAUUGUAUAAAGCUUUGGCUUUAUUUAAGAUAUAAGACUGAAUACUUGUAUAUUAGAUGGCUUUAUAUAAAAAAUAAGACUGAAAAGUUUUAUAUUUGCUUAUACAAUAGCUUUAUACAUCGGCGUUUUUGGCCUUUAUAGUAUGUAUAAAGCCUUAUAGUAUGUAUAAAGGCUAAAGCCUUAUAAAAAGCAUUAAGAGUAUGUAUAGAGCAGUGGUUCUUAACCUUGCUAAAGGUACCAAACCCCACAAGUUUCAUAUGUGGAUACACCGAACCCAUCAGAAUUAGAUAAUAAAGCUUUUUUUUUUCUUCAAAUUCAAUAUCAAUAUAUCUAAGCUAGCAAGCUAAUAAUUUUCAAAAUCCCCGUUCAAAAUUCUUCUAAUUUUGACAGCAUGUUUUAUAAGCAGGUCAAAAUUUGAGACCAUCCUGCCCCUCGGUCUGUUGUAUUCCCUCAUACCAAGUGCGAGUCUGCCUUCCACUGAGUUGAGGAUGAGCAGUUAAAAGAAAUCGAUUAAGCCUGUAAAUUGGGAGCAAACCAGUCCAAAAUCUGAUCUAAAAGCCACUUUGCCCAGAUUUAAUUAGCGUACGAGAAUAGGGCUCUGCAUUUCUUUACCUUCGCCGAACCCCUUACACUUACUCACAGAACCCCUGGGGUUUGAUCAAACCUAGGUUAAUAACCACUGCUUUAUAGUAUGUACAGUGGGGCAAAUAAGUAUUUAGUCAA